UAUCAAACUUUAUUUUUCUCAUAAAAUAAUUUAAUCAGAAACUUUAUUUUCAAGAGAGAGAGAGAGAUGGCAAGCUGCAGCAUGGCAUCCGCCGCAUGCGGAUUUGUGGUGGCACCAAACGUGGCCUCCAACGCAACAAACACUAAGUCCGCCGCAAUGGUUUUCUUCCCUAACAAGAGCAGCAGCCGAAACGCAAGGCUAGUGGUUAGGGCCGCCGAGGAGGCCGCGCCGGCGCCGGCCGCCGAUUCGCCGGCCGCCGCAGCCCCUAAAGCACCCAAGCCACCAGCAGUUGGCCCACCCAGAGGUUCAAAGGUCAGAAUUCUGAGGAAGGAAUCAUACUGGUACAAGGGCGUUGGUUCUGUUGUAGCUGUUGACCAGGAUAACAAGACACGGUACCCGGUGGUGGUGAGGUUUAACAAGGUGAAUUAUGCAAAUGUAUCUACAAACAAUUACGCCUUGGAUGAAGUUGAAUUGGUUGCAUGAGCCAUUUUUUGCUCAUUUUUCAUUUAUGUGUUCUUUCUUUUCUUUCUUUCUUGUAAUAGCAUAUCCUUGUUUUUUUAAUGUUUGAUCCCCUUUAAUUAGUUACACACAUUGUGUGUGUGUGUGUUUGUAUGUGUGAAAAAAUUGUAUCAUACUUUUUUGCAACCUUUCAUAUAUCUCUCUUCAACCUCCAUUCAUUUUUAA